UUACCGGAAAUCCAGAAAUGAUGGAAGCCCAUGAGCUGAAAACCCUAGUUAUAUAUUAUGUCCACUUACCCCAUGCUCUGCGCCUCACUCUGCAAAAAAACCCUAGCAACAGAGUCUAAAGCAAAUUCGCAAUCUAGCGAAGAUGAAGGUUAUCGCCGCUUAUUUGCUUGCAGUAUUGGGAGGGAACUCUUCUCCUUCUGCUGCUGAUCUCAAACACAUCCUUGGCUCUGUUGGAGCUGAUGCUGAGGAUGAGAUGAUUGAUUUGCUCAUCAAUGAAGCCAAGGGAAAAGAUUUCAGUGAGCUAAUUGCUAGUGGAAGAGAACAGAUGGCUGCAGGAGGAGCUGCAGGUGGUGGUGCUGUUGCUGUCGCUGCCGCACCUGCAGGAGGUGCUGCAGCUGGUGGUGCUGCACCUGCUGCCGAAGCAAAGGAGGAAAAGAAGGUGGAAGAGAAGGAGGAAUCUGACGAUGAUAUGGGCUUCAGUCUUUUCGACUAGAAGUUUUUAAAUGCUUUUUGUAUCAGACGUUGGUUUUCGUUUAUAGUCUUAGCCGAAUCAAAAGGUUUUGUUGCUCGAGUUACAUAUUGUUUUAGGUUUUAUGGGGUUUUGCUUUUCAAUUUAGACAAUGUAUGGCAUCAAACUGUCUGAUAUAAUUUAGUAUUGUUUUGAAUUUAAGUUGUUUGACCUUUUCGUUACUAAAUUAUAUGCAUUUCAUUGUUACUAGUAUAAAACUAGUAGGAAUUACUCUUUAUCCCGUGUCCUAGUUUCCCUUAAUUAUGAAAUCUAUUCAUUUGAAGGGUCUGGGGAGAAA